AUGUUCGCUAUUACGGUCAGAACCCAGGGCACACAGAAUGAUAAUUCAGAUUGGGAUGAGGAUGCGUGUUCCGACCUGGUCAACCGUCUCGGUAAAGUAUUGCGGCGGAUCGAACAACUUGAUAGUAUGCAGAAAGCGGAAGUCCUGAUGCGGGCUCAACAAGGAGGAUUUGUCAGAUGGCACAUUUUGAGCGCCGAACAGAAAACCAUAUCCUCCACAUACGGGGCUCGUUGCGUGAACACCUUCCAAGUAGCUAAUGUUGAAAACGCCGGCUUUAAGGAUCUCUUUGAAAUGCGGGAGGCCAACCAGGACGAGCCUUCAGUGCUUCCGGGUAGGAAAGGGAAUAGUACCAUGGUCGCCACUCAGCUCACUCCAACCCCUCCGUUUGUCCCGUAUCUACCAAUGAGUGGACCCAAGCCAUCGUGCCCUGCAGAUAGCAUCCUACUGUACGUUGUCCCUAUUCCAUGGAUGGGCAAUAAAAAUAGCCACGGUCACUGCUCAGGCGGCCGAACGGGGCAACGCUUGAACGUGGAUAUGACACCUGCUGAACGUGCUCUUUCCACCCCGCCAAGUAGAACUCCUCUCACUUCCCAUCCAGCCCCUGGAAUUGCUGCGCCCGCAGAGACUGUUUCCACACCUGGGCUCUACGGGAGAGAUUCCUGCCAUUCGACACCUUCCACUAUGGGUGGUGGCCCUUCCCCUGGGGAGAGACUCGCAGAUUUUGGACGCGCUAUACGGGACCAACCCAGCGCAACGACAGGAGUAAUGAAACCCCACCCAACAAUCAUCCACUUACUGCAAUCCUGUGUAGAUUGUGGAAAGGAAGUACCCAAGGACAGUGUUCGGAAGAUCUUGAAAGCGGAAAGGUAUCUUUCCCCACCGACGGCUCCUGAACUACUUCGGCCCCUCUUGGGGGUGUGGGACAAUAACAUGUCGCUCGGCCUGCACGCACUUGGACUUCCCGUCGUCUGGCAAGGGCUACAAGGAAUAGUGAACUACCUUCGAGUUCUCGACGCGGACGAGAGGGAUCGAUUCCUUGAUCCCGUUGCAAAGCGUAUUGGACUGGUCUUACUCUACUUCAAUUAA